CCUCGCCCCCAUCGCCGCCCCUGGGCGCGUCCCGCGCUGUGACGGUGUCGCGGGUCGCGGCGCAGCGCUGCGGUGGGGGCGGGGCGGGGGGCGCAGCGGCGCGCGGCGAUCUCUGACCUCGGGGGCCAGGCGCGUCGUAGUGACGUCAUCGCGGCGCGACUGCGGCGAGGACCGGGGUCACGCGGGGGUGUGGUGACGUCAGCGCCGGAGUGACGUCGUAGCGGGGGAGUUGCGUCAUCGCUGUGACGUCACCUUGCGCCAUGUGGCGGAGCUGCAGGGCGGGGGCGCGUGCGGUGGCGGCCCACGGGUGGGGCCGGGUCCCCCCCAUGGUGCUGUGCUCGGUGUCCCCGCAGGAUUUGGCUGUCCCCAAUGCAGGGUGGAGCACGGCCAUGCGUGAGCAGUACCAGUGCCUGUUGCGCCGUGCUGCCGACGGCUCCUGGCGCCGCAUCCCCUCCUACCGCCGUGGCCUCGACUACCUCCCAGAGGUGUUGCAGAUGGCAGUGGGGACGGGGACGGGGUUGGGGAUGGGACCCCGGCUGUUCUUGCGCAACGUGGAUGUGGAGGGCGCUGGCUUUGAGUAUGCCAUCUUCCUGCACACCUCCGGCCACCGCACUCAGUGCCUCUGCCAGCUGGGACCAUACCUGGAGGGCCACCACGGCUUUGCGCAUGGUGGUGCCAUUGCCGCCCUCAUUGACACCACGGUGGGGACGUGUGCACUGGGGGUGGCCAAGAUGUCUGUGAUGACGGCCAAGCUGAGCAUCAACUACCUGGCCCCCACACGUUUGUCCCCUCCUUGUCCCCUCAGCCCGGUGCCAGUGGGCGCUGUGGUGGUGGCUGACAGCCGCAUGGAGCGGCACGAGGGACGCAAGAUCUUCCUGUCCUGCCGCGUGCGUGACACCAAACAGGACACGCUGUAUGCUGAAGCCACCGCACUCUUCAUCCAGGACACCAAGCCCCCCCCAGCCGCCUGUCCCUAGCAGCACAGUGACACUGUAACACUGGAGGGGGUGGCAGCGGGAUGUCCCUGUGUCACCCUCUGGCUGGGAUCAGAGCAUGGCACUGCAGUGA